AUUUUGACAACCAUUAUCGAUCAAACACGCGCCCGAAGUUAAACAGUUUUCAUUUUGUAUGUCAAAGAAAAAAGUGUAAAAUAUGGAGAUAAGCUACCAGUACCAGAAAAAAAGGAGCGACUUCGGGAGACAGCCUUUGUUCUCCGACAAAGGACCGGAUUUAGUAGACCACUAUCCGUCGAACAGGAAAAUUCACAAAGAAUUCAUCCUAAAAGAUCCUGUCUCCCGGUCGACUCAAUUAGCCCCCGUAUAUGCCGAACAUUACCUAAACACAAUGAGCACCAUAUUCAAAAACACCGUAUGCAAUCACGCAGAGGGCGGCUGGCCAAAAGACGUAAAUUGCUUCGACGAAGAACAAACCAAAAGGUACAGAAGAAAGAUCGAAAAAGAAGACAAUUACCAUCACAUCUGCAUGCAGCUCUUCAAAAACAUGGAAAGUUGCGUUUUGCAAAACAACGCCAUCAACAUCUACCAAGAGUACUUCGAGGAUCUGCCGCAAUGCCCGAUGAUCGAAAAGAAUUCCGCGAGGACCGUGAACGUUUACCAAGACCAAACCUCCCCAGUGAGGCCCGUCAACCACAUCUCCUGGUCGCCCGACAACCAGACCAAAUUCGUCGUGUCCCAUUGCAAUCUGGCCUUCCAAGCCAUCAUACUCAAACAAAGCGCCAACUCCUACAUUUGGGAAGUCGAAAACCCCAACCGUCCUCUGCACACGCUGAAGCCCGAGCAGCAAUGCGUAAGCAUCGAAUACAACAUGAAGGACCCCAGUCUGCUGGUGAGCGGCCAAAUCAACGGCCAGGUAGCGCUGUGGGACGUGAGAAAAGGCGUGGAGCCCGUCGAUGUGAGCUUGAGAGAAACCAGUUUCCUGGAUCCCGUGCAAAACGUGAUGUGGAUCCACUCGAAAACCAACACGGAGUUCUUCAGCUCGUCCACCGACGGCAUGGUGAAAUGGUGGGACACCAGAAACCUGAGCGAGCCCACCGACACGCUGAUCCUCGACUACGCCAAGGAGCCGCGGCUGAGCAACGCCUUGGGCGCCUCGUGCUUGGAGUACGAAAUCACCAUUCCGACGCGGUUCAUGGUCGGCACGGAAGAGGGCGUGCUCGUGAUGGGCGUGAGAAAGGGCAAAACGUCGAUGGAGAAGAUGACGUUGAGGAUACAAGGCGCCCAAUUCGGGCCCAUCUUGAACGUGCAACGGAACCCGGCGUUCUUGAAAAACUAUCUGACGGUCGGCGACUGGGGCGCCAAGAUUUGGUCGGAGGAUUGUCGGGAGAGUCCCAUCAUGUGGACGCCCUUGCAGAAGGUCGAGAUAACAGACGGAGCUUGGAGCGCAACCAGGGUGUCUACGUUUUUCACGACGAGAGCCGACGGAACGUUGGACAUAUGGGAUUUCCUGCAGCAUCAAAAACAGGCCACUCUAGCGGUGAGGAUUUGCGAUGAAAAACUGACCAGCGUCAAACCACACGAUAGCGGAAAAUUAGUGGCAGUUGGCAACCGCAUAGGCACCACCUAUUUGAUCGAAUUGUCCAAGAACUUAUCGUCUUCCACGAGGUCCGAAAAAAUGCUAUUCACCGGGAUGUUCGAAAGGGAAAAUCGCAGGGAGAAGAUCUUGGAGGCCAGAAACAAGGAGAUCCGCUUGAAGCAGAAGGCUUUCAAGCAGCAGGCCGCCGCGAAACGGGACUCCGAUACGCCUGGAGUCUCCGGAGAUCAUCCGGCGUUUUUCGACAAUUUCGUGCAACAGGCGGAAAUCGAUUUUCAUCAAAAACUGGCCGAAAUCAAGGAGAAAUUCGCGGAAGACGAUCGCACCAUCGACGACGGGGAAUCGCUGAGAACGGACGCGGAUGCUGCAAGUCAAUCCGAAAGAAUCGAUUCCGAAGACAUGCUCGAGAGGGAAAUCCGGCGCGAGAAGGUCCUCGAGAAUCGCGCCCGCGAGAUGCGCCUGAAGCAGAAAACGGACAAAUCGGCCCAAGCGGACGAGGGCGAAGAAGGAGAGGCGGGCGGCGGCGAAGAAAAGGCCACCGAAGAGGAAGAAUUCAUGGACCGCAUCGUCCAGAACUUCGAAAAAGACUUCAAGAAGCGCCUGAACGAGGCCAUCAAGCGGGCGAAGAGCAAGGCGGGCGGCUCCAUCAGCGGGCAAUCGAGGGAAUCCAGAGUUUCCAAAACGUCCAAGGCGGAAUCCGUGAAGAAGCCCAAGACCGAAGCCACCGAAGAAUUGGAGGAGGAAGAAGUAGAAGGCGAAGAGGAAGCCGAGGAAGAGGAGGACGAAUUUGAUGAUGUGUAAUGAAUAGACUACUACCGGAAACUGGAAGGUUAAAAUCCGAUUAUUACUUUACAUUAUACUUCUACAUAUGAGUGAUAUUUCUUAGAAUAAAAUAUUCUUUAGACUGG